UUCUUCGCCGUCCGGCAGGGGUGAAGGCUGGCGUCAUGGACGUUAACCAGCCCAAGCAGGAGCACUUGCUGGCUCUGAAAGUGAUGAGGCUAACGAAACCUACUUUAUUCACUAAUAUUCCAGUGACUUGUGAAGAAAGAGAUUUGCCAGGUAAUCUAUUUAACCAGCUCAUGAAAGAUGAUCCUUCUACUGUAAAGGGAGCAGAAACUUUGAUGCUAGGAGAAAUGCUGACUUUGCCUCAAAAUUUUGGAAACAUAUUUCUGGGAGAGACAUUUUCCAGUUACAUUAGUGUACACAAUGAUAGUAAUCAAGUUGUCAAGGACAUACUGGUGAAGGCUGAUCUUCAGACGAGUUCUCAGCGCCUGAACCUUUCAGCUUCUAGUGCUGCAGUGGCAGAACUUAAACCUGACUGUUGCAUUGAUGAUGUGAUCCAUCAUGAAGUAAAAGAGAUAGGAACACACAUCUUAGUUUGUGCAGUAAGUUACACUACACAGACAGGAGAGAAGAUGUACUUCAGAAAGUUCUUCAAAUUUCAGGUUCUUAAACCACUAGAUGUGAAGACCAAAUUCUACAAUGCUGAGAGUGACCUCAGUUCUGUGACAGAUGAAGUGUUUCUGGAAGCUCAGAUUCAGAAUAUCACUACCUCUCCAAUGUUUAUGGAGAAGGUUUCUUUAGAGCCAUCUAUGAUGUACAAUGUUGCAGAACUGAAUACAGUUGACACAGCAGGGGAAAGUGAGUCUACUUUUGGCUCAAGGACUUACUUGCAACCUAUGGAUACACGUCAGUACUUAUAUUGCUUAAAACCAAAGCAAGAAUUUGCAGAGAAAGCUGGAGUAAUAAAAGGUGUAACAGUGAUUGGUAAACUAGACAUUGUAUGGAAAACUAAUCUGGGUGAACGAGGAAGGCUGCAAACUAGCCAGCUCCAAAGAAUGGCUCCCGGUUAUGGCGAUGUAAGGCUUUCCUUGGAGACAAUACCAGACACCGUAAAUUUGGAAGAACCUUUUGACAUUACAUGUAAAAUAACAAAUUGCAGCAGUGAAAGGACUAUGGAUCUGGUCUUAGAAAUGUGCAAUACUAAUUCCAUCCACUGGUGUGGAGUUUCAGGAAGGCAACUUGGAAAGCUGCACCCAAGUUCAUCUCUCCAUCUUGCACUUACAUUGUUGUCUUCAGUGCAGGGAUUGCAAAGUGUCUCUGGCUUAAGACUUACAGACACGUUUUUGAAGAGAACAUAUGAGUAUGAUGAUAUUGCACAAGUCUGUGUAGUUUCUUCAGAAGUCAAACAAAGCUGAAGAGAAAAUUCUGUGUUUCUGCUGGGCUUUUUUUUUUUUUGGACCAACUUCUUGAUGUUUUUGCAGCUGAAUCAUUAAAAUGUAUACAAA